AUGCUGGACGAGAAUCUUCCAACCUUCAUUCUGAAACCCUCAAAGGACAGACCAAAGCAGCUAUCCACCUUCCUGUACUCCCAAUAUGGUGCCGAGUUCGAACCCGCCUACACUCUCCGCCAUAUAGACCCGGAACAGCAUGCCUCGAGAAAUCGAUACGCUGCGGCCCUCUAUGAUGCCUUCAGUCCCGAAGUCCUUUACGCAGAGGUUCUCCUCAUUCCCGAGUGGACUCAGCCUGCCCCGAUUUCUGAACAGGCGAGGGCAAAUGGUGUGGUGCCGCCGCCUCCCGAGCCCGUUCUCCCUUCCCAAUUUUCGAUUCAACUCUACAACCCCGACCAGCAGAUUGUUGUCAGACACAAGCCUGCUGGCUUCACCUCCGCCGCUUCGUGGGAGUUUGAGAUGCCACAGCAGACAUUUCGAGCGCCAUCGGCCUCCGCACUUGAUCGAGGUCAACAUGAUCCAGCAGCCUCAGAGGUUACACCCAAGAUAGGAUUCAAAUGGAAGAAGGAUGGCAAAUUCUCCAAAGAUCUUGCUUGCUUCUUAUCGGGCAAGAGCACAGAUAUUGAUGGAAAGGCAAAGCAUAAAGAGCCUGACAUUACGGUCUCCAUUUUGAAGGGCUUCAAAGAGCUUACCCUGUAUGAACCGAAUCUACAACGAGUAGAUAUCGAGGAUUUGAAGGGAUUUGAGGUCGUGCUCCUGCUAGGAGCCAUGGUAAUCCGAGACGUUUACUUUGGCUCACUCAAAGACACUUUCAACAUCAUUACAACUGGUCGUAAGUCUAAUCCAGCCAGCCCAAUAUCGCGGCCUGUACCCCUGGAUCUACCGUCCCGACCCCAGGUAGGCUCUCCGCCACAGCAGAGUUCGAUCCACAGCCCUCGAGUUCCACCCACAGAUCCUCGCAGCCAGUGGGAACUUGAUGCGGAAACUGCCCGCCUCAAGCGCGAGGCGGAAGAGGAGGAGCGGCUACUGAAACGCAGACGCGAAGAGGAGGAACGGAAGACAAGGAAGCUGCUUGAAACCGAGGAGCAGGAACAGCAGCGCCGGCGACGAGCUCAAAUUAACGCAGAGACGGAGCGGCUGAGGUUGCUCUAUGGCCAAGAAGACGCUACUGCGCGACCGGCCAUACCCCCCAGAGACCCCAGACAGCAAAGGCAUCAUUCAGACUCGAGACAGUCCGCAUACCAGCAAUCGCAACAGACACAACGCCCUCCAGCUCAGCAUGCCAACGUGUGGGGAUCGUAUCCUGGUCCGCAAGGUCCAUACAUGUCGGGCGCCGCCUCUCAAUCCAGCUUCCUCACUCCUAGUAAUCAGCAACAAGCGCUGAAGCAAAAAUCGAGUAUUUUCAACUUUCGACGAAGAAGUGAUAAUGAUGCAAACAAACUCCAACGAAAGAAAAGUGCUGUUUUCUGA